GGCGGCGCUGGGGCGAGAGAGGCACGGUGGGAGGAGGCGGAUCGCGACACAUCGCAUAGUAUCGAGAUGGCGAACGAUCGCUCCCGCAGCCUGGGCAAGGGUAGCGCGGCGCCGGGGCCCGUGCCCGAGGGGCUGCUGCGGCUGUACGGCAUGAGGUUCUGCCCCUUCGCGCAGAGGACGCGCCUGGUUCUCCGCGCCAAGGGCAUCAGCCAUGAAGUAGUCAACAUCAAUCUGAAGAACAAACCUGACUGGUUCUUUGAGAAGAACCCCUCUGGGCUGGUCCCUGUUCUGGAGACCAGCAAGGGCCAACUGAUCUGGGAGUCCCCAAUCACUUGUGAAUAUUUGGAUGAGGCAUUUCCAGAGAAGAAGCUGAUGCCUUCAGACCCAUAUGAGCGAGCCCGUCAGAAGAUGAUCUUGGAAGACUUCUCAAAGAUAACACCCUUACUUUUCAAGCAUGUUUUGGCAGUCAAAGAUGGACAAGACACCACAGCACUGAAAGCAGAGAUUGCUGAAAAGUUUGGCAAAUUUGAAGAGAUUCUGUCCAAACGCAACACUGUGUUUUUUGGUGGGAACUCCAUCUCUAUGCUUGACUACAUGAUCUGGCCGUGGUUUGAACGCCUGGAAGCAUUCCAGCUGAAAGACACUUUGAAUCACGCACCAAAGCUCCAACGCUGGAUGGAGGCCAUGAAGGAGGACCCUGCUGUCAAGGCUACAAUGACUGACACACAGACAUUCAAGAACUACCUCCAGCUGUAUUUGGUGAACAGCCCUGAGGCAUGUGAUUAUGGGCUCUGAGGUGCCAGUAGGCAUGAGCUUGCUGAAGUGUCAGUGCUGUUUUUCAGUGUGGGGACUUAGUGUAAUUUGAUGUGGGCUCUUCUGUGGUUGCAUUUCAUGAUUGGGAAUAAAUCUGUGCUGAAAAACUGAGAAACCUGCUGUGAACUCCACUUCUUCCUGUCAUGAGAAGGAUGUGCUGGCUUGAAGCAGGAAAUGGAAAGUCAUUGCCAGCCAUAUAUAUUGCAUAAGGGAAGAUGUUGUUACUCAGAGGUGAUGGUCUGUAAUCUCUGGCCUCUUCGUAGGCAUUGCUGGUGGGCAGUCCCUGAACUGAUGCUGUUAACGUGAUUUAAAAAUUGUAAUACUGGUGUCCUGAAAAUGAAUAAAAAGCAAACAAUGUCUUUAAA